AUGGUUACCUUUGCCAGCAGUAUCUCCGUUGUGUUCGGCCUCUUGGCCCUCGCCAGCGCCGCGCCUUCGCUCCAAGGCCGCGACGUGUCGUGCAGAGACGACCUCGGUGCCCCUGACUUUGGUCAUGCUAGCGAAGCUGUCGAGUGCAUCAACUAUCUUGCCGGCUUGGGCAACCAGGCCUGCGUUUCGUCCAUCAGUGGUGUCAAUUUCUGCCGCCGUGGCAGUACCCAGAUUACGGGACUCUCUAAGACUGGGAAGAACGGCGCCACCUCGAGCUGCGCAAACGUCGCCCGUGCUGCCGGCGCCAUCAUGGAUCGCUGCACCCGACAAGCGGCUGAUGGAGUGCUGUUCGUUAAGGGCUCCAACGAGGCCUGGGGCAACGGCGACCUGCUCGUCGACAUCCGCAAGGUCUAG